UGAUUUUUAUUUCUCUCACCCCAAAAAUCUAAACGCUAAUCCACUGACAAAUAUGGUUCUCUCUCUCCCUCUCUCUCUCCCCCCUUGCUUACUUUUUCUCCUACUUUCAUUUUUUUCAUCUUUUGUCAGGUGAGCAUCACAAUUCUACUAGGUCAUGACAGAGAAACUCUUCAUCCCAUUCUCAGUCAAUACCCCCUCCACAAACCCGUCCCCACUUUUCCACAAAUACGAAUAUAGACCCAGUUAGCUUCUAACCCAAAAUGGAGUCAUUCUCCACCCAAUUCCCAAGGUUAAAAACAUCACUGUAGUUUAUUGAUGUGGGUCCGUUUGUUGUGGAUUAGAUGAUGGAUACCUUGUUUAGGGUACUCAAUUUUCAACAUCAACCUCAGCCCGAUCACUCCCUCAACUCCACCACCAGCCUCACUACUUCUGGCAGCUCUAAAUCUUCCAUGCACAAUUGCUUCCCCCCGCCACAGCACCAAGAAGAAUGCUUCAACCUUUUCAUGGAUGAAGAAGACUUAUCUUCGUCUUCUUCUAAGCACUGCUAUCCCUGUCAUCUCCAUCCUUCCCCCGCUACCGCGGCCGAUUUUUCCUUCUCACCCACCAGUGACUUCAACUCGGAAUUCUCCGGCAACGCCAGGUGGGUUUCCGAUAUCCUCAUCGAGACAGCUCGUGCCUUUGCCGACAAGAACAGCCCCCGUAUCCAGCAACUCAUGUGGAUGCUUAACGAACUCGCCUCCCCUUAUGGCGACGCUCAUCAGAAACUCGCCUCUUAUUUCCUCCAAGCCUUGUUCGCUCGCAUGACCGACUCUGGCCUCCGUACCUACCGUAUCUGGACCUCCGCGUCUGACAAGAACUGCUCCUUUGAAUCCACCAGGAAGACCGUCUUGAAGUUCCAGUAGGUCAGCCCUUGGACUGCCUUCGGUCAUGUAGCUUCCAAUGGCGCCAUCUUGGAAGCCCUCGAAGCCGAGCCUAGAUUACACAUACUCGAUUUCAGCAAUACUUAUUGCACCCAGUGGCCUACUCUUUUAGAAUCUUUGGCCACUCGCACUGACGAUGCGCCGCACCUCCGCUUAACCACCGUCAUCACCAGCAGACCAGGAGGUUUCGUUGCAGCAGUUCAAAAAGUCAUGAAGGAAAUAGGUGCUAGGAUGGAGAAAUUCGCUCGUCUCAUGGGUGUGCCAUUCAAAUUCCACGUCAUCCAUCACACCGGUGAUCUUUCAGAGUUGAACUUCGCGGAAUUAGAUAUUAUAGACGACGAGGCUUUGGCUAUAAACUGUGUGAACGCUUUGCAUUCGGUCACGGUCAUUGGUAAUGGUAAUCAUCGUGACGCGUUGAUAUCCUCGUUUCGGAGAUUACAGCCUAGAAUAGUUACAAUAGUGGAAGAAGAAGCUGAUCUUGAUGUUGGUUAUGAUGGUUUUGAGUUUGUGAACGGGUUUGAGGAAUGCUUGAGGUGGUUUAGAGUUUAUUUUGAGGCGUUGGAGGAGUGCUUCCCGAAGACGAGCAACGAAAGGCUCGUGCUUGAGAGAGGGGCGGGACGAGCGAUGGUUGACUUGGUGGCCUGUGAUCCGUCAGAGUCGGUGGAGCGGCGGGAAAGGGCGGGACGAUGGUCACAGCGGAUGCAUGGGGGUGGGUUCAAUGCGGUGUCGUUCAGCGACGAGGUUUGUGACGAUGUGAGGGCGCUGCUGAGAAGGUACAAGGAGGGGUGGUCAAUGACACAGUGCUCCCACGCCGGAAUAUUCUUGUCGUGGAAGGAUCAGCCGGUGGUGUGGGCCAGUGCAUGGAGACCUUGACGACAUGAUGCGUGGAGCGUGAUGUAUUCGCACGUGUUCUCGGUUUUUCUGGCACGUGCAUGGGGGCGCUAAAUAAAGAGUUCUGCAAUGUGCUUUUCCCCUCCCCCCACCCCCUUUUUUUUUAACUUGUUAGUUUAGGAAUCCAUAGGGAUAAAGGAGGAUUUGGGAGAGGAACAUGCUUGUGUUAAAAUUGGAAAAGGAACGAAGGACACUGGUUUUCGUUAGACUGGUUAAAUUUUUGGGUUUUUUGGAUCAUUAUGGCUUGAAUGUGUGCCGUGAAGUUAUUCUAUUGAUCAAUUCAUUUCUUGUUAUUAUUUUA